GAUCGUUCGCGCCGGAAAGAGUCCAUGUCAUAACACAAAUACUUCUACGAUACUACCGUAUACUUGUGGAAUGGCGGAAUCAAACUAAUGUGUGAAAAUUUCUUACUGCGAUAGAGUGCAAACGGUAUUAAAUUGAUCAAAUACAGCAGGAACAAAAUCCGAUGUCUAAGGAUGCUCCGCCGUGCUUCUCCGAUGGGAGGAAAUUUCCUCUGAUCUCAAUUCCAAAACCAGCAGAUCGGGGUGUCACGAACUCGAAUAUAAAUGAUCGAGCGCCUCCCAAGUCUACUUCAAAAAGAAUAAGAAUACGAAGGAGAAACCCUUUCUCCGAUGGAAGGAGGAACAACUUUCCUGACCUCGAUAAUUUCUUCAAAUCGACAUCGGAAUCACCGUCACCUGGACGUCUUCGCGUAGGACAUGAUAGUUUCCAUUCACAUAGUAGACACGACGCAUACGACGAUGAAGAUGAAUGCUACCACUUAUCCGACGUAGGUGAGACGUCUGUACUCAACAUGUCCAUCGGAGCAAGAGCGGCACUGAAUGAGCACGCUAGACACGUGGCAAAGUAUGGGAUUGACGGUGAAGUAGCUGAAAAACAGGAGAGCGAUGAAAGUGAGAAUCAGAAAAAUAACAGUUACGAGAUAUCGAGUAAUGCUGGAACCAAUGUAUUUCUUGACCAUCAAUGGGAAAGACUCUUUGACCUAUCACAAGUGAAUUACAGUAGUGAAGGUUCCGAUUCUGGAGGGAUCCCACCAACGCCAAACUUUGGGACAAUAAAUUCGAAGUUCGAUGUUGUAAAUGCGAGUACAGAUAGAUCUGGAUACGAAGAAUCAUCAAUCGAGGUAUUAACAGAUGUAAGCUACGACUACUUCAAUAGCAGCAGAAUUAAUUUGCUGGUAACACCAGAAAGAAACAAAAACUUUCGAACGGCAAUGAUUGUGACGCGUGACGGCAAUGGCGUGGAAGACGAUCUUUUUGGAAAUCACCAAAACUUUUUAUUUGAUGGUGCCGAAGCCGAUGGCCUUCCUUAUCAUGACGAAAUUGAAACUAGUCGGGUUGGUUCCUGUCGCUUUACUCAUAGUUCACAGGAAGGAGCAUUUGUCCAGGAUCCUUGGGUGUCCUCAUUCAAUAUAGGGGAUGUUUCACGAAUAAGUGCCCACUCAGUUUCGAACGCAAAUUGUACCCCAAAUACAUCGUUUCAGAAUUAUCAUAGCCAUGGCAAAAAGGGAAACAAGAGCAACGAUAACUUCAACGGCCCAUUGAGUGCACACUUCGGAGCAGAUUCUCCAUCAAUGAUUCUGAAUGACUCAUCCUUUUCGUCCAUCGGAGGAAUGGGCCCGUCGCAAUUGCCUUUCGAUAAUAACGGCUAUACAUCUCCAGAAAUUCCUUUCAGUCCUUCUAAUGAUCAAAAAAGUGGCAUUCGAACGAAGGAGAAACCUUCUCCAGAUAGAAGUGCUAAUUCCUCGUCUUCCAUUCAAAGCACGGUCUCGAGUUUUAUAGCAGAAGCGAGGACGAUGGCAAAACAGGUGGUCAGCGAUGUAGAAAAGUCGAUAGGAGCGAUGGAAUCACUCCCAGUGGAUUUUCUUCGAGCUCUAGAAAUCGGCCGGGCUGACACGCUGAGUCCAAUUUCUCGGGCCUUGAGCACCCCCCCAAGCUCUCGUCGAGAUGGCAGCAAGAAGGAAAAAUCGCAAUCAAAGAUCCAUGACACAUCAAAAGUCAAUAGCAGCAACAGUACAAGUAAUAACAUAAGCUCGUUGUCGUCGUCAUUAUCGGUGAUAGAGGACGCAGCGCAAACUCAUUUGACCGGACGAAAACGAUAUCGGACCGUUGUUCCGAGACGAGUCUAUCUCGACUCAAUAGCUCAACAAUGUGACGAAGAGCAAGACAGCUUCUAUGUAGUUCAGUCCGAUCCUGAGACAUCAAGAACAGGGAAGCGUUUGCUCGAAUCGUUUGAGGAAGCUACGACAUUGAACACUUUUUAAAAGUGGACAGAUUUACGCACUUUUUCCUAUACCAACAAGGAUCUCUAGAUGCUUGGUUAAAAAGUGGAAAGUGAAUACAGAACGUAAUCUAGUGAAAAUCGAGGCAGGAUUUUUCCAAAUAAUUCAUUCAUACUAAAAGUCACUCCUGGGGGAGAUAAGGGCCACACUUUCGGGAC